CGACGGCGGCCUUCUUUCUUCUUUCGCUACUGACGAUAAUGAUAACGAGAAUAUCCUAAAACUGAAUUGUGCUCGGUGUUAUCAAUCACUAAAACAGAAACUUUGUUUCCAAAUUCCUUAUCGUAUCGAGUGUAUGUGUGGCAGGAUAAAGGGAGUGUUUGCUUUCAGGGAAAUUGAACCGUGCAUAAACAAAACGUACUGCGUCUUGCCGCAAAGGGAUUGCUGCACUGGUGGAAGAGGCGGUGGUGAAAGGUACAAGAAAGAAAGUCAUGUAUCCGGAUCGCCGACUAUACUUCGUGGUGCUGUACGUAUUCGCGAUUCAGCUCCGGUUGUCCAUAGGUGGCAAUCCGCGAGAUAGCGCCCAAGUCAGUGCCCGGAACGCAUCGAACAAUGGCACCAAUAGCAGUAGUGCGAGAAACAGUAGCACCAACAUUGCCUGUCGGGAGGAUGUGCUCGAUCAGUGCCCCCCGAAUGCAUCAUGUGAUAGGGGUCAGUGUGUUUGUCUUUUCGGCUAUAAGCUGAACCCCGCUUAUCUCGGGAAAAAUGCUACCAACAGCCUGUCACCUUUGCCAGUUCCGAGCACCAAUGUUGCCUACACCACGUACUGUCUGCCGGAUGAUACUGGCGCAAAGGCAACUUCCUUGCAUGGGGGACUCAGCAGUGAUAGCAGCAAAUCACCGGGAGAAGACGGUAUGACGAAAGGAGAAGGUGGAAAUACGGGACAGCUUCCUUUGCGGGAACCGGUCGAAGCGCAUCACAUUCUGGGUGGCGUGCUGAUUCCGCUCGCCUUUGUAGUGAUACUCGUUGGCAGCGCUGUGCUAGCUAAACGUACGGAUCUUUGGUCUCGACUGCGACAACGGUUUAUCGCGCACAGAAAUCGCCACCGACGGCGACCGGCAUACGAAGACGUGGUGCUAGGUAAUGAUUCCGAUGAUCCGCCUUUGAUCUAAAACGAAAGCAACCGAAUCCAACCAGAGUCUUAUCUUCUUUUUCUUCUCUGUCCUAUCUUUCCUCUGCCCCGCAUAUCCCCGUUCGCACCCGCUAGUCACUCCGUCAGUAGAGCACCACCGUUGAGAUCGUAUUUCGGUGCAAGCAUGUAAAUCUAGAGUGUAGCUGCUGAUCAAUGUGCUUGUUGGUAUUUUCUGCUUAGAGUAGAUCUCUGUUUCUAUCCUGAAAAUUAACAGACUCCUAUCUUCCAUACCCGUUAUCCCUGAUAAGGCGCUCCGAUAAGCAAUCCGACCCUUUAACGACAUACUUAGUCUCGUAAUCAUGAAGCGUAACCGAAAUCUCUCUGUUUCUCUCUUACUCUCUAUUCUCUUCUUUCUCUAUUCCAAAAUAUUCCUUUUCGUUACUAACAACCCUAACCAACCAACCAACCAACCAACUAAUCAUCCAAAACAACGACCGACAACGACGAUUAUGCAGUAGGCUUUGAGCCACAGACGGGCAGGCUUUGAGAACGCCAAAGAGAACUUUACCAUGUGGAGGGGUGUGAGUUUAAAUAGAUGUGCUUGUUUGAUACCGCCCUUCGAGUGCGAACUUCCUCCAACCUACGUUCCUUACCGAGCAGAGCGUUCCAUGCGCCGGUAGUGUACGAAGAAAUAAGUCUUAAGUCAAAGUUAGUAAGCAACAUAGCAUCCAAAUCAUCAUUAAGCAGAUGAUGAUCAUCAUCGAUCAAGCAGAAAAUAUCGUAAGAUAACUAAAGAGGAGAGCAGGAUAAUCGAUGCAAGAGGGUACGUUGAUACGGUGGUUGUUAAGACAGAAGGCAGGUAUGAUACAAUCAUGCCAAACAUUCCGUAUUCUUUUUCAAGCGAACUAGAAGUUAAGACUUACAUUUGAGGAUUACGAGCGAUUUCGCUACGUAAAGCACAAAACAAAAACCUCACACGAAAUAAGAAAGCGUUUUGAACACAAAAAUACACUUUCAGACACACCAAAAAGAAAAAGGGACUGCGCAAAGAAGGGUACGAAGAAAUUGUAAGAAUUUAGGUAUUAAAACGAUCAAAUAUUAUUAAAGAUCGAACAUGUGCUGAGGGAUUAGUUUUAACUUAGUCCGAUCGGUAUCUAAGUCUGACUUCCGUCAUCCAUUGGAGGAGUCAUGUGAAACAGAGAUUUUUUUCCUUCCAGGAGAACAUUAAAUAACAUAAUACAAUAAUAUAGGGCAUAGGUGAAAAGGGUCGUCGAACGUGGAUGAGAAUCUAGUUGUGUAAGUUUUCAUACAUAGGUUCCUUUUAACAGCGUUACAUACAUACAAAUCUAUCAGCAUGAGAUUAAGAUGGAGAGGAGUGUA